UCCGGUUUGAUUUGUAUGAACUUGACAGCUAUCAACAAUUUUUUAAAAUUCUUAACCUUACAUUUUUCUUCAAAAUAUAUAAAAAAAAGUAAAUGAAUCUGAACUGAAAUUUGAACAAUGGUUCGUCACAAAAAUAGGUAUAUAGUUAUUGAAAUUAAUGAAAAUGAAGCAGGACCUUCCUCAUAUUUAAAACUAAAAGAACCAUCUCUCUAUGCAUGUAUUCUAAAACAAGUUCAAAAAUUACAUGGUGACUUUGGCGAAGCUGCUAUAAGAGCAGGCUUUGUAUCUAAAUAUUUAAAUGAACACACUAGAAUAGGAAUUAUUCGAAGUAGGAGGGGACCACAUAAAUUUGUAACAUCUGUAAUCCCGCUUAUUCGAGAAAUUGAAGACAAACGCGUAUUUAUUAAUAUACUGUAUGUAGGUGCUACUAUUCGGAAAUCUUUUCAUUUUUUAAGAAACUAUCAGCAAAAAAAGUUUGAUGAGUAUUGUGUUAGUUUAAAAAGUGAAGAAGACAGAAAUGAAUUGAAAGAAGUUAUGUUAAACUUUGAGAGCAUUUUAACUAGAAUAGGUUAAGUUGCCUGUUUAUAAAUAAAUAUACAUAUACAAUAAAAAAUAGGCUUUAUUAUAA